GUGAACUGGGGGACGAUGGCCACCCAUCGGUUGCCGCCCAAAACCAUCGCGCAGCUCCUACAAGACAACGGCAUCAAGAAGGUCAAGAUAUUCGACGCGGAUCCGUCCUCCAUGAGCGCAUUGGCCGGGACAGGGAUCGAGGUGAUGAUCGCCAUCCCCAACGGCAUGCUCGCCACGAUGAACGACUACGACGCGGCCAAGCAGUGGGUGAAGAAGAACGUCACCCGCUACAACUUCGACGGCGGAGUUGACAUCAAAUACGUAGCAGUUGGUAAUGAACCCUUCUUGAAGUCAUACAACGAUUCCUUCACCAACAUCACCUUCCCGGCGCUGAAGAACAUCCAGAACGCUCUCAACGAAGCAGGAAUAGGAGACGCCAUCAAAGCCACCGUCCCCCUCAACGCUGACGUCUACGACUCACCGGCGAGCAACCCGGUGCCGUCGGCCGGAGACUUCCGAGCUGAUAUCCGUGACCUAAUGGCGCAGAUCGUCGAGUUCUUCAGCCUCAAUGGUGCGCCCUUCACCGUCAACAUAUACCCAUUCCUGAGCCUGUACGGGAACAGCGACUUCCCCAUCGACUUCGCCUUCUUCGACGGCACCAGCGCUCCCGUUGUCGACAACGGGGUGGCGUACACCAACGUGUUCGACGCCAACUUCGACACGCUGGUCUCGGCUCUGAGGAAGGCCGGCUUCGGCGAUCUGCCUAUCGUGGUGGGGGAGGUCGGCUGGCCUACGGACGGCGACGUGAACGCCAAUGUGGCCAUGGCGGAGAGGUUCUUCGGUGGCCUCCUGAAGCGCCUUGCCGCCAAGAGCGGGACGCCGCUACGGCCGAACAUGGAGAUGCAGGUGUACUUGUUCGGCCUCGUCGACGAGGACGCCAAGAGCGUGGCGCCCGGGAACUUCGAGCGCCACUGGGGGCUCUUCACCUACGACGGACGGCCAAAGUUCGCCGUCGAUUUCUCCGGGCAGGGACAGAACGGGAUGCCGGUGGGAGCGAAGGGCGUGCAGUACCUGCCGACGAGGUGGUGUGCGUUGAAUCCGGCCGCCACGGACCUCGGCAAGCUCGCCGACAACGUCAACUUCGCCUGCACGUACGCGGAUUGCACCGCCCUCGGCGGCGGGUGCUCCUGCGAUGCGCUCGACGCUUCAGGGAAAGCUUCGUAUGCCUUCAACGCGUACUUCCAAGCUCAGAGCCAGAACGGGGAGAGCUGCUAUUUCCAAGGACUCGCCAUGGUGACGACGCAGAACAUCUCGCAGGGCUCCUGCAACUUCACGAUUCAGAUCGCAUCUUCCGCCGCUUCGACCUCUCGCCGGGCGCGGCUGGUGGUGCUUUUGUUGGCGAUUGCCGCCGGGCUCUUGAUGUAG